UGCUUUAAAUAGAACCUUUAAAAAGAGCAUUAUGAACCGUGUGGGUGUGGUAUGACUGGAAAGAUGCAGGCUCCCCCUUGUGGCUCUAAGCUAGAUAGCAUUCAAUCCACUUAUUGUGAGUGGAUUUUAAUCAUGACUUGUGAUGAAAUUGUCUAUUGUCCCAAAUGAAUUCUCUGAUCCAGAUCCAUGGUGCUGUGUCAAAACACUGAUGUUAUCUUAGGUGACUAAACCAAUCCAGUUUGACCACUGGUGGCUUCACUGUGUUUCUGAGCUUUUAGCAGAUUUGAGUGAAAGGAGUGAAAAGAGAGAGAGAGAGAGAGAGUCUGGAAAACCUGUAAAAGGUUAGAGGGUCAACACUGAUAUAAGCUUAGAGUCCAUUAGUGGAUUAUAAUCAUAAACUCUCCAUGGCUACUGCAUCUCUCUUGGAUUAAAGUGUGUGUGAGCGAAGAGAGAGAGAGAGUUAAGCUGAGAGAAAAUUCAAAGGUAGAACACAACACACUGACUGGACUGAUAAACAGUCAGGUUGGAACAGUUGGCAGCUGGUGAAGCUCCGUCGUCCAGCUGAUAAAAGUCUCUCGCCAAAGGAAUCAUGGAUGUCGACGUGGAGGGGAUUAUCCAGUGCAUCAAGCAGGGAGAUGAGAGUGGUGUUCAGGCUCAGCUGCAGGAAUUCAACAAAGAGUUUGCCCAGUGCUUCUUCUUCGAUGCGGAGGAGAGGGACAGACGGAAACAAAGGAAACUUGAAGAGUUCAGGAAGAAUAAAGUGAGGGAGUACGCCGACUCUGACUCUGAGUGUGAUGAGUAUGACCAGGAGGAUCGAGGCCUCCUCCUCAGACAAAACUUAGCCGUUGUCCUUGUGAGAUUCAUCAGGACAGAAAUGAAAAGUAGUGUGUUGAGAGUCUCUCUGCGGGCCCUGAGGAUCCUGUCCAGGGACAAAAAGGUCCUGGCUCCCCUGGUGACCGACGGUGCCCUGCUGACUCUGGCCAAACGAGCCGGGCUGACCACAAGCGACGCCAGUGAAGAAGCCACUGACCCUGACUCCGUUUUCUACGACAACAUCAUCGCUUCCCUUGCCGAGGCCAAGGUCUUACAGUGCCGCACCAACGAGGACGAAGGCGAAGCUGAAGGCGCCAAAGCCACUGACCAAAACUCCUUUGACGAGGAGGAGGAGGAGGAGGAGGAGGACGCCAAGAGCGACGUCAGCGCCGCCUACAGCGGAGACGCGGACGCCAUGAGCUGGUCGGCGAGCCACCGGACCAGCAUCAACGAGAUGCACCGAGGGAGCAUCCAUCACAGGGUCCUGGAGCGAGGGAGGAGGGACCGCAGAGAGAGCAAGAUGCAGGGGGCAGAGGAAGGCGAGGAGGAGGAGGAAGGAGAGUCAGGGGAGGAGGCCGCGAGAAAAGAGGCCAUGAAGGUGUUGUGUAACGUGGUGUACAACAGCACCUGGGCUCAGGGGAGGUUCAGUGCUCUCAGGCUCCUCAGUGGCCUCGUCCAGUGUCUGUCCUCCAGCAUCAGGUGCUCAUCUCCCUCCAGUGUUCAGUUCUAUGAACUGCGCCUCAUGUUCCUCACCACUGCUUUGCGGCCGGAGCUCAGCACUCAGCUGCAGCAGGAGGGAGGGCUGUCCAUCCUCACUGCAGCCUUGGAGAGGAGCCUGGACGUUCAGUGGAAGGACCAGUAUGUGUGUGAGCUGGAGCCCACGCCAAACCCCAUCUCUCUGGAUGCGUCUCAGCAAAUCACUGAGAUACUGAAGAUCCUCUUCAACAUCAGCUACAGCAGCCACAGACAAGAGCCCAGUGAGGAUGACGCAGCUCUUUACCGACACCUGGUGGCAAUCCUACGUCUCUGCCUGAUGAGGAAGUGCAUGCUGUCAGAUGACACUGAUGAACUGCAGGGUCACACGGUGAACCUGCUGUCAGCGCUGCCUCUGCAGUGUCUGGACGUGCUGCUGCUGGCGGCUCCAGAGCCGGGCUCGGAGCAGUGUGAGGGGGUCAACAUGGACUGUGUGCACACUCUGCUGACGUUCAUGGAGAGGCGGCUCGACUCGGGCGAUAAGAUGAAAGAGAAGCUGACACCUGUCCUCAACCUGCUCACAGAGAGCUGCAGGUCCCACAGAGAAACACGACACUACAUCAGGCAACACAUCCUGCCUCCUCUGACAGACGUGUCACACAGACCGGAGGAGGGUUCCACAGUGAAGAGUCGACUGAUCCGCCUCAUGACUCACCUGGACACUGACCUCAAACACUGUGCCGCGGACCUCAUCUUUGUCCUCUGCAAGGAAAACGUGAGGCGUUAUGUGAAGUACACGGGUUACGGUAACGCAGCAGGCCUGCUGGCCACCAGGGGUUUGCUGAGCGGCCAGAGGCCCAGGGUUUUCAACUCGGUCACUCGCUACUCGAGCGACUCAGACUCGGACACUGAGGAGUACCGGAAGGUCAAAGAUCGGGUCAAUCCUGUGACCGGGCGGCUGGAGGCGGAGCAGUCGGACCCGAUGGAGGGAAUGACAGAGGAAGAGAAGGAAGAGGAGGCCAAGAAGCUGAUCACGCUGUUCAGCAAACUGUCCCGGAGCAACAUAAUCCAGCCCAUGCAGGUGAAUUCAGAGGGGAAGCUGGUGCCACUGUCAGGACUCAGAGAUCAUUCCCUCUCAGAGGAGGAGAGGUCUGAGUCAGAGAACGAUGGAGAGGCAGAGAAAGGCGACAACAACUGAAACUGCUAGUGCUACUGUUUGUUUAUUUAUUUAUUUAUUUAUUUAUUUAUGUAUGUAUGUAAUAAUCCAGUUUCCGUUUGAAAUUGCAUAUCUGACAUAUUUGGAUGUACGACUUGAAGACAUCCUUUAUAGAACAGAAUCAAGUCAGGAAAGGAUGUUAAAAGUGUUUUUUCAAAAUAAUAAUUAUAAUAUUAUGGAGUUGUAAACACGGGAUUGACUGACAGCAGGUCAUCAGCAGGAAGUGUCGUCUUAGCAACAAGUCCUAAAAUUUUAAUUAGUUGUGCUGAUGUGUUUACACAGUUUUUAAGAUAAGACAUUUACAUAACUUCAAAUCUAUGCCACACAUGGGCUGUGAAAUGUCGCCUCUAUAGCGCCACCUAACACGUUUGGUUACAACAACCUCAGGAUACUCCAGCCUCCUGACACUUGACACCCAUAGGCAAGGGAUCAAUUCAGUUUUUAUUGUAUGAUGCAGAAAAGGGAUUUGAUGUGUUUUAUGAGUGCAAGCUUCACAGCGCCCCCUAGUGAGCAGCUUCAGCAGCUGCCAGUGUCCAGUGGCGUACCAUAAUAACAAUUCCACAAAAGGUUGAAAUUAAAUUAAAUUUUUUUCAAGUUUGUAUUAGACAAUAAAAAGUCAGACUGUUCUUUGAGGGAAAUUCAACUUCUCAAACAUGAAAAUCAACCAAAUUUGACAAAAAGAUCAGUAGAAGAGACUCAGAGAUGAUAGAAUCUCUGCUCUGUUUUUCUCAAACACAAUAAAACGAAUUAAACCAGA